GAGCCCCACCCCUAGAAGCGGAGACAGACGCAGCCCCGCCCCCCCGGGACGCGCACCCACGCAGCCGGGCGGGGCGGGGCGGGGCGGGGCAGCUGUUUUGCAAGGCCGGAGAGUCCCGGAGCAGCUGGGGCCGCAAGCGGGUCCCUCCUGCCUGUCCGUGAAGCUCGGAAGGACCCGCCGCCUGUCCCCCCUUCCCUCCCGCGGUGCCCCGGUGUUCCCGCCGCUCGCCCCUUUCCGGGAUCACAUGACGUGCCCCCGGGACGGGACAUGGCUGGGUCGGGACACGGCUCCGCGGGGAAGCUGCUGCUGGUGAAAAUAGUGAUGGCCGGGGAGUCCUGCGUGGGAAAAACCUCCAUCGUGAGGAGGUACACGGAGUCCCGCCCGGCCGGGCCGCCCCCCUCCGCCUCCUACAUCGCCACCGUCGGCAUUGAUUUUAAAGUAAAAACAGUAACAUUUAAUGAUACAACAGUGAAACUUCAAAUAUGGGAUACUGCUGGUCAGGAACAAUUCCAUACAAUUAGUACUAGUUAUUUUCGUGGAGCACAUGGCUUUGUUCUGGUCUAUGACAUCACAAACUCAGACAGUUUUCAAGGUAUAACAAGCUGGAUGAAAGAUAUACAUGAGAAAGCAGAUAACGAGGUGGAUAUAGUGCUGUUGGGUAACAAGUGUGAUAAGGAGACAGAACGUGUAAUUCCAAAGCAAAGCGGGGAAAAGCUUGCAUGGGAAUAUGGUAUACCUUUUUUUGAAACUAGUGCUACGGAUAACAUAAAUAUUGAAGAUGCCUUUUCAGUAUUGGUCAAAGAAAUAUUGAACAAGAAUUCCUGCGAAUUGUGUGACUUAGAUGUGGUGGAUCUAAAUGAAAGUAAGAAAAAGAGAACUUGCUGCCAGUUGUGAAAUGUCACCUGCACUUCUGUCUGUCUUCAGGAAAUGUUAACUAUUUCAUAGGAAUACACAAAAGUGUUAAAAUGAAUUUGAUUACUUAGGCAAUUUCUGUAUGUUACAGAAAUCUUGUGCUGUAAGUGUUGACAUUUACAAUGUAUACGGUACUGUAUAUACAUGAAUGUUCUAUUUCCUAGUUUUUAAAGUGAAGUUAAAUCAAUUUGUAUUUAGGACCUUUAUGACCAGCACAGUGGGACUAUUCAUAUAUGCCAGUGUUUGCAGAAGUGGGACCUAAAUGUACAAUCCUUCUCUUGUUGAAAUUAAUAUCUGCCUUAAUUUUUUUUCUUUGUCAGUCUCUUCACAUAGUAAAUCCUACAACAAGGGCCCCUCACUCAUGCAACCCUCUGAUCUAAAUGACCAAUUUAAAAUAUUCCCAAGGUUUCAACUACAGUCUGAAUUACAUUUAAAUUAGAAGCAGCAACGAGUCCUGUAGCACCUUAUAGACUAACAGAUUUAUUGGAUCAUAAGCUUUCAUGGGUGAAUACCCACUUCGUUGGAAGCAUGUAGUAGACAUUUCCAGAGGCAGGUAUAAAUAUGCAAGCAAGAAACAGGCUAGGGAUAACCAGGUUAGUUCAAUCAGGGAGGAUGAGGCCUUCUUCUAGCAGUUGAGGUGUGAACACCAAGGGAGGAGAAACUGCUUUUGCAAUUGGCUAGGUAUUCACAGUCUUUCUUUAAUCCUGAGCUGAUGGUGUCAAAUUUGCAAAUGAACUGAAGCUCUGAGCUGUAGCUCACGAAAGCUUAUGCUCUAAUAAAUUUGUUAGUCUCUAAGGUGCCACAAGUACUCCUUUUCUUUUUACAGAUACAGACUAACAUGGCUGCUACUCUGAAACCUGAAGCUCAGCAGUUUCUCUUUGAAGUCUGGUUCUGAAGUUUUUUUGCUGCAGGAUGGCUACCUUUAAAUCUGCUAUUGUGUGUCCAGGAAGGUUGAAGUGUUCUCCUGCAGGUUUUUGUAUAUUGCCAUUCCUAAUAUCUGAGACAUUAUCAAUUAAAUUAGAGACCAUAACUGAAAUUCUGCCGGUCGCUUGGGUGGUCACUUAACCUACUUUUCUGGAUAGUUUUGCUUUUGUUUUGGGGGGGGGGGGGUUGCCAGGGAAGGGGGAGGAAAAGGGGUUGUUUGCUUGGUGGCUUUUUUUCCAGUUUAAAGAGUUUGUAUUGUUUUGUAAUACCAGUGCAAAAUGAGGGGUAACUGAGGACCAAAAGAGAAGAAAAACUUAACUAGCAUACAUACAUUACACAGACUUUAGAAUGAAGAAAAAAAUAGAAGUUGAUAAAUGCAUGUCUUUAUGCUAAUGUAAUGUUACAGACUGUGUAUAGAGCACCAAAUAAUCAAUUAUUAUUAUUUACUGGACUCCUGAUGCUAAGAAAGACUUCAUCCUGUUACAUAUGGAUGUAUGCAUUCUCUUAAUUUAUACAUCAGAACAAUAGAAUAUUUCCAGUGGUCAAUAGAUAAUUAAGAAGUUUUUUAGUUUUGUAAAGUAGAAUAUUUUCAAUAUGUUUAAGUUUUCUAAUGUUCUUAUUAAUUUGUUCCUUUAUACUAGGUGAUCCGAGUAUUAAUAAAGGUAUAUUCAGUGUUAA